AUGCAUGCUUGUGCACCCGAAGACAUCAGACAUGGUUCACCCCCCAGCUGCCAGCUGGAUCGAUCGACGCCAGUCUCCGAGCUGACUCUGGCAUCGCUAUCACGACCAUUCCACAGGUUCAACCAUGUCCGCCGCCACCGCCCCCGUUGAACAAUCCGCCGCCGGUGCCGUCCACGAGACUUCGAUCCAGCGUGUGAGUACCUGCUCUCUUGGUGUGUGGGCUACCAGGCCUUGUACAGCAUAAUGCAUUCGGCUACUACGACGUCGCCGCCAGCAACCCUGUCUGGCCGCGUCUGCUGAGCUGAAGAGCUAUGCGCCGAGAGAUAGCGCAUGCGCGAUUGCGCGUGCUCCUCCGAUGUUCUCGGCAGCGGCGGCGCACGUCAUUGUCGGCGCCGACGUUCUGGUUCCAGCGGGCUUCUUAAGAUCCUUGCCUCCUCCGCACGCACUCAGUCUCCACCUCGAGGGGAUAGGAGCUGACACUUGUCACCUCGACAUGUUUUGUUGCAAUCACAGGUCUCCGGGUACCCCGUUGUCAAAGACUCGCUCGCCCAGGCCCAUGCGCUCGUCACGUCCAACACGUACUCGGAUGCCCUUUACCAACGCGCGUCGGGCCUGUCGCAGCAGAUUCUCGAACAGCUCAAGCCUCUGCAAGAUCGUCUCCCGCUCCAGACCGUCGACAGCUAUGCCAACGCCACUCUCGACUUUGUCGAGCAGCGCUUCCCACUGGUCAAGAGUGAGACCGGCGAGCUCCUCAAGACGGCCCGUCGACCCGCAGACGAUGCCGCCGGUCUCGCAAAGUCGUACGCCGACGGCAUCCAGUCGCGCCUCUCCCCUGUCACGCACGAAUUCUCGACCCGCAUCGCCCAGGGUCAAGACACUCUCCACGCCCUCCAAGAGAAGCUGUCGUCGACCAUUGCUUCUCGUGAGCUCUCGUGAAGCCCCCGAUGUUUUCCUCUUUCCCGUCAAACGUGAGCUGACGGACAACGCCUCGACUCUUCACAGUGCCUCGCGACAAGCAGUCCGCAACCGAUGCCGUCAACUCCAUCUUCAAGGAAAUCGAGUCCCUCUCCAGCUACGUCAAGACCAACGUCUCUGAGCUCGUGAGUCCAAGGUAUCGCGGCGCUCACACUCGUCAAAGAUUUUCGCUGAUCAACUUGCUCGGUGCCCGUCCUUCGUCACAGCCCGCCCACGCCCAAGCCCGUGCUCAACCCUUGAUCGACGAGGUCGCUAAGGCCACGUCCCACAUCCGCGAAGAGUUGAACAAACCUGGUGAGUUUCGCCGAGCACUCUCUGACCAGACGUGCUCAUUUUUCGGUUCCCGUGCUUGCUGCUGCUGACACGACGCACUGCGUUCCCCCGCAGAUACCAACUUGUCGACCAAGGCGUCCAACAUCCUCUCCUACACCCAGAGCCAAGUCUCGCCGCUCUUGAACUCGCUCAAGGAGAUCGUUAUCAAGAAGAAGGAGCAGGCCGUCGAAGUCGCCGAGAAGUCUGCCGAGGCGACCACAGACAAGGCCGACGAGGUCUCCUCGACCGUCUCGCAGAAGGCCGACAAGGUCUCGUCCAAGACCUCAAAGAAGGCGGGCGACGCCUCUUCCAAGGUAUCGAAGAAGACGGACGAGGCCACAGCCAAGGUCAACGGUUCGCAAUGA